GGCCUCUCUUCUCACCAAGGAAAAAGCAAGGAGAGGGAGACGUCGACCGAAAAAAGAGAGCCGCCGCCGCAUCCGCACGCCGCCGCCAUGGCCGAGGAGACCGACACCAGGCCCCCGUCCGCAGGCUCCCGGGGCCGCCCCGCGCCGGACGACAACGACAGGGAGGACGGCGAGAUCACCGACGACUCCUCCGCGCCCGCCCCGCCGCUCCAGCCCGCGACGCACCCGCUCGAGCACUCCUGGACAUUCUGGUUCGACAACCCGCAGGGAAAGUCCAAGCAGGCCGCAUGGGGGAGCUCUAUCCGACCCAUCCACACCUUCUCCACCGUUGAGGACUUCUGGGGCCUUUACAAUAAUAUUCACCACCCUAGCAAGUUGAUUGUGGGAGCGGACUUCCAUUGCUUCAAGAACAAGAUUGAACCAAAAUGGGAAGACCCUAUUUGUGCUAAUGGCGGUAAAUGGACCAUCAGCUGUGGCAGAGGAAAAUCUGACACAAUGUGGCUGCACACUCUAUUGGCCAUGAUUGGCGAACAAUUCGAUUAUGGUGAUGAAAUUUGUGGAGCGGUUGUUAGCGUGCGUGGUAAGCAGGAAAGAAUAGCUAUCUGGACCAAAAAUGCUGCUAAUGAAGCUGCCCAGGUAAGCAUCGGGAAGCAGUGGAAGGAAUUUCUGGACUACAAGGACUCCAUUGGAUUCAUCGUCCAUGACGAUGCAAAGAAGAUGGAAAAAGGUCCGAAGAACCGUUACACGGUAUGAUCCUGGUGCUGGGAUUCCCAGAGAGUAGCAGGAUCACGUGAUCCGAUGCAUUAGAAUCCGAUGCCUGUGUUUAAGGGUUAUCUAUUGCUGUGAGUUGUUUAGGCAUGCAUAAUCUAACAUGUUGCAUCUAUUCCUGUACUCGAUAAGUAAGUCACUUGAGUGUUUGUUUUGUCUCACCGUUGUGCUUUUAUUACUAUGUGCGCGUGAAACUGAGCUGUGGGAAUAGUGUACUGAAUGAGCUU